CCAUCCCGUUAGUGGUGGUCUCACCCGAAAAUUCAUCAACUUUAUUAGAGCAGCUAAAAAAAAUAAUGAGAGGCGGAUGUGGAAUUUGUGCCGUCUCUGUCAAAUUUGGAUAUCAUCGUCGGCACAUCAAUGCCUGCUGCUGCUGUUGUUGUUGUACAUGGUGGGACGGACGGAUGAUGCCUUGUGGAUCCGCGGGAUGAUGUCAUGUAUCGUUGCACCCCACGUGGGGGCCGUCGCUCUCCGAUAGGCAGAUGUGGCCGUAUUCCUUCCGAGUAAUCCGAUUGGACAGAUAGGCUCUUUCACGGCAGUUCAGUCCUGCUGCCUGUGUGUGGCAACCAGGGUAAGCUGGACAACUGGGGGAAAUGCGAGAUUGUGGAGAGUACCAUGUUACGCUUUUAAAGAAUCUCCAGCCUCUUCGAGUCGGAAGACAGAUUUUUGGGAGCGUGUUUAUACAUUUUUCUCUCUUUUUUUGGGAUUAACUAGCCACAAAAGGCGCACAUUCCUCGGAGGGUUCGCGGCGGAGAAUAAAGUGCUUUAAUCGAGCCCGACCGCACCAAAUUUCUCCCAACUGCUUCCUCAGUGUGGCUGGGUGCGCUCCGGAGAGUGAGAGGAUGCUUGUCGAGAUCUGCGUCCACCACGCUUACAUUAGGAGGGAUUAAACGCAUGAAUUAUUGCCGAGUCUGUUUCUUCUCUAGGAACAAAAAGUCGCUGGGACGACAAGGACGCACGCACGGGAUUUUUCUCGACCUCCCCCCUUUACCCCCACCCCCUGUCUGCCGAGACUGGUGUGGCUGUGAGCAGAUAUCAACCUUUUCUCCGAAGGACCUGCACACUGGAGACAUAAACAAAGAAUACAUUACAAGAUGUAUCCACAAGGCCGACAUCCGGCUCCACAUCAGCCUGGCCAGCCUGGCUUCAAAUUCACUGUAGCAGAGUCUUGUGACAGGAUUAAAGAUGAGUUUCAGUUCCUACAGGCCCAGUAUCACAGUCUAAAGGUGGAGUACGACAAACUAGCCAAUGAGAAGACAGAGAUGCAGCGCCACUAUGUCAUGUAUUACGAGAUGUCCUACGGGCUGAAUAUAGAGAUGCACAAACAGACGGAAAUUGCCAAGCGGCUCAACGCAAUUUUAGCUCAAAUUAUGCCUUUCCUGUCUCAAGAGCACCAACAGCAGGUUGCUCAGGCAGUGGAGCGGGCUAAGCAGGUGACUAUGACCGAGCUCAAUGCCAUCAUCGGGGUACGUGGACUUCCCAAUCUGCCUCUCACCCAGCAGCAGGCUGCCUACCCUGCUCUCAUGCAGCAGCAGCUUCAGGCGCAGCACCUCUCCCACGCUGCUCAUGGCCCUCCGGUCCAGCUUCCACCUCAUCCCUCAGGUCUGCAGCCGCCUGGCAUCCCCCCUGUGACUGGCUCUGGAUCAGGCCUGCUAGCACUAGGGGCCCUGGGCAGCCAAGCCCACCUACCAGUGAAGGAUGAGAAAAACCACCACGAUCUAGAACACAGAGAGAGCACGAACAACUCUAUAUCCCCAUCAGAAAGCUUACGCACAGCCAGUGAGAAGCACCGCAGCUCCUCUGACUACAGCUUGGAGUCUAAGAAACGCAAAGUGGAGGAGAAGGACAGCAUGAGCAGAUAUGACAGUGAUGGAGAGAAAAGUGAUGACCUAGUGGUAGACGUGUCUAAUGAGGAUCCUGCCACACCACGUGCAAGUCCUGCACACUCUCCCCCUGAAAAUGGCAUUGAUAAGCCUCGCCCUCCAAAGAAGGACACGCCCAACAGCCCUGCAUCAGUGGCAUCCUCCGGAAGCACCCCAUCCUCCAAAACCAAGGAUCUCAGUCAUAAUGACAAAUCCUCUACGCCUGGCCUCAAGUCCAACACCCCCACACCUCGCAAUGAUGCCCCCACCCCUGGCACCAGCUCCACUCCCGGGCUCAGACCCAUCCUGGGCAAACCACCAGGCAUGGAGGCUCUUGCAGCCCCAGCUUUGCGUACCCCUCUGUCCAUCGCAGGCUCCUACCCUACCCCCUUUGCUAUGAUGGGCCAUCAUGAAAUGAAUGGAGGCCUGACUAGUCCUGGUGUGUAUGCUGGUCUGCACAUCUCCCCUCAGAUGAGCGCUGCAGCAGCAGCAGCCUAUGGACGAUCCCCAAUGGGGUUUGAUCCUCACACCCACAUGAGAGCACCAGGCCUUCCAGCUAGCCUCACAUCUAUUUCUGGUGGAAAACCAGCCUACUCCUUUCAUGUCAGUGCAGACGGUCAGAUGCAGCCCGUGCCCUUCCCACCUGAUGCCCUUAUAGGUCCCGGUAUCCCACGCCAUGCCCGUCAGAUCAACACACUGAGUCACGGCGAGGUGGUGUGCGCCGUUACCAUUAGCAACCCCACACGUCAUGUCUACACUGGUGGAAAAGGCUGUGUCAAAAUCUGGGACAUUAGCCAACCGGGCAGCAAGAGCCCCGUGUCACAACUAGACUGUCUGAACAGGGAUAACUACAUCCGCUCCUGUAAGCUGCUGCCUGAUGGCCGCACAUUGAUCGUUGGAGGCGAGGCCAGCACAUUGACCAUCUGGGAUUUGGCCUCUCAGACACCCCGCAUCAAGGCUGAACUCACCUCCUCAGCCCCUGCAUGCUACGCCUUGGCCAUCAGUCCCGAUGCCAAAGUCUGCUUCUCCUGCUGCAGUGAUGGAAACAUUGCCGUUUGGGACCUGCACAACCAGACUCUCGUCAGGCAGUUCCAGGGUCACACAGAUGGUGCUAGCUGUAUUGACAUAUCUCAUGAUGGCACUAAGCUGUGGACAGGCGGUCUUGACAACACUGUUCGCUCUUGGGAUCUGAGGGAGGGUCGGCAACUGCAGCAACACGACUUCACCUCACAGAUCUUCUCCUUGGGCUACUGUCCGACUGGGGAGUGGCUCGCUGUGGGUAUGGAGAGCAGUAAUGUGGAGGUGCUCCACCACUCAAAGCCUGACAAGUAUCAGCUCCACCUGCACGAGAGCUGUGUCCUCUCCCUCAAGUUCGCUUACUGUGGUAAAUGGUUUGUGAGCACAGGGAAGGACAAUCUGUUGAAUGCUUGGAGGACUCCUUACGGCGCCAGCAUAUUCCAGUCAAAGGAAUCCUCGUCUGUCCUGAGCUGUGACAUCUCAACAGACGACAAGUAUAUUGUGACAGGCUCUGGUGACAAGAAGGCCACAGUAUAUGAAGUGAUCUAUUAGAAGAGACUGCUUUGGAUCAGAGCAUGCUCAUGCUCAGGAACAGUAGACUCUACUUCCAUCUACCUUUCCUCACACAGACAGCAUGGAUGUGCCUGCAGCCCCGGGAUGGAUGGGCAGGAAGUUUAGCAGUGCCAGACUGAACUGGACGAUGGUGCUGUUGUGGCCCUGGACGGUGUGACCUCUUGGCUCUGCCCUCAUACAACUAACACUUGUACAGCAAGUGCAGUUUGCCGAGGCACUUAGAAGAAAUUAAUGUCUUGCUGUUUUUUUUUUCUUUUUUGUUCGUUGGAUAUUUCUUUUUUAUUCGUCCUUUUUAAAGUGGAGAUAAAGCCCCAUGACACAACUUGAAGCAGUGCUUCGCUCUGGAGCUUCUCCUCGGAGGUCCUGUGAAAAGUGUACAUAAUGGAGUAAUAAAAGGCCUUUUAUAGAUUUAUAUUUUGGUGUCCAGUUACACUUGUGAUGGUUCUUUCUUGUUCACUCCGUGAUUUUCUGUCCCUUAUGGGGAUGGAAAUUAGAUUAGGAUUUUGUAAAAGGAUAUUCUAUUUCAGCUCUCACUCCCCUCUGCUUUUUUUCAUGUUUGUUGUCCACAAUGACCUUUUCGGAAAUCUAAUUUGGAUUUUUUUUCUUCCUGACAACAGCAUUUUUUCUUUGCAAUUUGCUGUAAUGCAGAACACAACCGUUCAUCCAAUGGAUUUUAACAAUGGAGAAUUCUUGAAAGGACCUUUUUUUCCCAGACUGGCACGGGAGAGAAUUACAGUUUUAAGCUAUUACCAUCCUUUGGCCCUUUUCAUCAGAAAUCCAUCUUUGAAAAAGACCUAUGACAGAACACUGGCUACUUUCAUUGACAUUAAAAUGGAUGCCUAUCAACUGGAGGACUAAUGGGCUUAAUGGAAAAGCAGCUGUGACCUGAGAUCAGUCUGUUGUCUCAACUGUUGUUUGAAUCUUCAGCAACGUUUAUGCAUCAGUCCAGUGGUUAAUUAUUUCCUCUGUGACUGACAUGCAAGCUUCUCAUGGUUACGUAUUAAUGUGGCAGAAAAAGCCAUCACCACCUUAGACAUUUCGGGUAUGCUCAGUUGCUUUCUCCAGUAUUACAUAAUACUCAACAACAAACUUCUCAUCGACAGGAAUGGUCUCUGCGUAAACACACGCUAGCCUGUGUAGCAUACACGUUUCAUCAUCCCUAAAGAUUGUA